CAAAUAAGCAAAUGAACCAUAACAAUAAAUCGCAAGUCCUUUGAGAGAAUGCUAACACGAUAAAACGGCAGGCAUAGUGCCAUUGUAGUGGUGCGAAAGUGAACGGGGAGAGUGGACAGCUUAGACAGCUGAGCAAAUACAAAUAAGAGACGCAAACGUAACGGUAACGCAGCCAAGCGGCAAAAAAGGCGCAAGCAAUGCUGGAUGACCGAACAAUUCAAAAGUAGAAAAGUGGUGUGGCCGUGUGAAGUGCACAAAAAUAUAAAUAAAUUGUGAAGUGAGUGCAGACGGAGACACAAGCAUAUACACAACUAUAUAUGCAUGUGUAAGCAUGCAACGACAGGCUAAUCCGCCAGGACCAAGAGAAAUUUAUCGAUAAUCGCGGCAAGAACUCCUACAUUAGCUACGCAAAUGAACGGAAAAGUCCAAAGUGUGCAAUGAAAUACCAAAAAACAAUAAGUAACAACUACAACAACAAUAAAGAAAACAAAAUUUGAACUAACACACACUAAAACAAAAGUAAAGCGGACCAUCGAACAAAAGUAGUGCAAAACAGCAAGCAGCAAAGUAUAUAAAUACAUAGCAACAACACUUGAACGCACCAACGAACACGUAGGCCAUAAAAGUGCCGAAGUGGCAAAGUGGCAGUCAAGCUAUGAGCAGCGCGCAAUAAAACUUGAAGUCAGUUUAUUUGUGCGCCUAUUGGCGCAAUCGACAAAAAAGCAGCGGUGCGUGUGGAAGCUAAACUGACGCUUGCGAACUGUCGUACACACACACACACACACACGCGAACAUUGCUCAAAAGCAAAGUGAGUCAAGCGCACUGAAGUGCCACUGAAAAUUCAUAAAACAUAAAACAGUCGUAAAGCAGGCCGUCUACAAGCGGCGCGCAGGUCUUACGACCCAUUCAUUCGUCGGUUCAAUAAAACUGUGCAAUAUAAUUUUAUACAAAUAUCUUGUUAUUGUUUCAGUUUUUAUGGCAUAUUAUUUAUGUUCUGUAGAUUCGGCAUUUUCGAAGAGGAAGUGACAUAAAUAGACUGUGCAGAAAUAAAAUGUACUUAAAUAAAAUAUAUGCACACACAUGCACACAAAUAAGUAAAAUGUAACAAAACGGCAUUGUGCCGACGUGAAAACUAUUGAAACUGACAGUGGCGGCAUGCUAGUCAUAAGAAAGGCUGACAGCCAUCAUAAUAAUUACUUUCACACUAGCAACAAAAACAAAAGUAAUAAUAACAAUAAUAACAGCAACAAAAAUAGUGGUGGUAGUAGCAAAACUAACAACAAAAACUGUAAUUUUAAUAAGAAUCACAACAACAAAGCGCUGCUAACCUCACUGCCGUCAGUGCUUGGAAUUUGUGGCAGCUAUUGUUGCAACAGCAGCCUGGUCUGGCAGUUGGUGGCACACAGUUGGUGAGCAGCAACGCAGUGCAAUGAACUAAGGUGCGGGGAGUUGACGCCGUUUUCGUGUGAAUAGACAAGAGUUUAGUGCAUAAAUCCGCAAUGCGAAUACAGCCAGUCUCACCACCAACAACAACAACAACGACAACUAUGUGCAUUACACAAACACAAGUGAGUGAGUGCAACAGCGGCGUAAAGUAGAAAGACGAAGUAAGCCGAAAAAGACACAUACAAAUACCAAUACAUAUUUACAAGUAAUUCAAAGGUGCCCAGCAACGUUAUAGCAGAGCGUUAGCUGCGCGACAGCGUCCAUUAUAAAAACAAAAAAAAAAUUUCGAAGUUGUGCAUCCCGUGAAUCGCGUGUAUCCUUAGGCGCCCCAGCAGCGUGCUAUUGAGCAGCGGCAGCAACCACCGCAUUUACUAACGCACACACACACAUAGACCGGCAGAGCCAGCCCGACAGCCAGCAUGCAUUCACGCCAGCCAGACGUGCGCGCGCCAAUGUGGCAACAGCUGCUACCAGCUGUCAUUUUCUCGCUGCUUAGCAUAGUACCCCUCCAUGCCGAAGUUGUUGAUUUGACGCCACAAUAUAGCGCCACACCCGCCGUCUUAACCAGCAGCAGCAGCAGCGUUACAGUGGCUGUCACAUCCGCGGCGACAGUGUCGACCUUCGUCGAACCCUACUUGGAGGGCUAUGCCUCAACAAACGUAACCGCACAAAUCGGCACGCACGCGUAUUUGCCAUGUCGGGUGAAGCAGCUCGGCAACAAAUCAGUGUCCUGGGUGCGCGUGCGUGAUGGUCAUAUACUCACCGUUGACAGAGCCGUCUUCAUAGCAGACCAAAGAUUUCUGGCGCUAAAGCAACCGGACAAAUUCUGGACGCUGCAAAUAAAAUACGUACAAGCAAGAGAUGCGGGCGCCUACGAGUGUCAAGUGUCAACGGAGCCAAAAGUUAGCGCCCGAGUGCACUUGCAAGUGGUUGUGCCACGCACCGAAAUUGUCGGCGGACCAGAACGCUUAGUGAAGGCUGGCAGCACUGUCGUGUUGCGCUGUAUCGUUCGCGGUGCCCUGGAGCCGCCCACCUUCAUCAUGUGGUACCAUAGUACGGAGCAAAUCACCAGCGAUUCAACACGUUAUCGCACACAAGUUGACCGAAAUAUACCCGAAAUCGAAGGCGAUGCCCAUAGUACGACCGGCUCAUUAAUCAUUGAAUCAGCGAAAAAACGUGAUAAUGGCAAUUACACAUGUAGCCCGUCAAAUAGCCCCAGUGUGACUGUGAUGCUCAACGUUAUAAAUGGUGAAUCAUCCGCAUCAGCUGUCACUUCAUCCGCUCCAGUACGAAAAGCGUACACAGCCUGCAUACUGGCCAUGCUCUGCAGUAUCGUUAUAAUUGGCGGACACAACACAUGACAUGUUAAUUUGCAAAAGCAACAAAAACAGCAACAACGCGACAAUGAAGAUGAGAAACAAAAGCGCAUAAAGCAAAAUAAAUCAAUACAGAUUGUACGCACGCAAAACAGGAUGACAAUGAAAAGUUGCACAAAGAGCAAUUUGUGCGCACAACAACACUCGACUAAAAUAAAAGAAACAUUGCUGCAACAACAACAAAAACAACAACAACUGUGCGGUGCAGUACAUUAAGGCGGCAAACAAAAAACUAAAAUGAUUUCUUCUUUAACUUGUAAGUUUAUAUAGGCAACCGUAUCCAUAGAUAUUAGAUGCAAGAACAAAAAGAACAACACAUAGACUUAUGUGCGUACAACAAGCGGCGGCUAAGCAAACAACAACAAAAAACAAACAAAAACACACAACAAGCAGUAAAAGAAAUAAAGAAUCGAGUAGGCUAAGGACUAAGCUGCAAUUGUUGUAGCUGUUGUUGUUGUUGUAGCGGAGUGAAAAAACCCGCAAAGCAGCAAAUAAGGCACACAAGAAACAGCAGAAAAGCAUGCCAACAACAGGAUGUAGGCACAAACAUACGUACGCUUAAGCAACAACAAUACACAUACACACAAAUAUACCGACAUACACACACACACACGCGCGCGUUCAGCCAAAAAAAAAACAUACACACGCAUACAGUGUCAUAAACAAAUGUAGUGGCAAUUGAAACGUUAGAGGUGCACAAAUACACACCCGCACUGGUACAUUUGUGUGCGUGCUGCACGGCCCGAGAAUUAGUGUUACUCAUACGACGCGUACGUCCCCGGCAGCAAACACCUGCUGACACGUGCGUGCGGCGUGUUAUCUUACAAGCGUGCGCCUGGCAUUUGCCGUUAAGCGCUUACAGCCCACAACAAGAAGCCGCAGUGACAAACACAAACAAACAUUGGAAAUCUCGCAUACACCUCACACAUACACACAAUCACACAGGCAACACAAAAGGCAAAAAGGCAUAACAUUAGCAAAAGUUAACUAAGCUAGGUAAAUGUAAGUAUACCGUUAAGUACGUGCAAAUGUAUUCAUAACAGCAAAAACAAACUGACAAGUUCAUAUGUAUGUAUGUGUUCAGCAUUGUAAGAACCAACUGGGUUUGUUUCGGCAGUUGCGACAAAUUUUGCUGGACUUCACCAGGAGAUCUUCAUUAUAGCGGCUGCCGAUUUUUUGUAUAUGAUUGUAUUUAUUGCAUUUAACUUUAAUUACAAAUACAUAUGUAAAUUUAGUUUUAUAGAUUUUCUAUGCAAAAAUCACUGUGCUAAAUUUGAAAUAUGGUAUCAGCAAAAACAAGUCAAAUAAUAAUAAACCAAACAAAACAAUAAUGUGUAUUUAAGCAACUUCUAUUUCAGACUUAGGUAAGUUUACAAAAUAAAAACAACAAAAAAUACCAUGCAAUUUAUUAUAAACCAUGGAAAAGUUAUUUA